CAAAUUUUCAGCCCCACACCACAAGCCAAACAACGCCAAACAACGCCCCUCCCACCCACCACGCUCUCCACACAACACAACACACAACCCUGCACAACCCAGCACCAACGAGCCAAGCAUCCGCCAACAAACGUCGGGUUGGUGUAUGCAACUGGCACGUCCUACAUUUCAACGUAGGCGCACCAAGUCAGGGAGAGGGGUUGAUCACGCUCGCCAAAGUGAAGCAAACGAAAAGAGAAGAGGAAAGGCGGAGUAGAAGAGCGAGUGCGGCGAACGUGUUGACAGCAAGUGGCGAAGAACACAGGACCUUGGCAUUGGCAGCGCCAUCUGCGCCCGUCCUAUUUGAGAACCUGUCCAUUCCGUCGAGAGUCGUGCUGCUCGUUCCCAACACGCACACAACCAGCCAUGGGACAGGGGCACAGCUCUCCUCACCAAAGGAGGAAAGGGAAGGCUGAUCUGUCCACGGCCAUGAUGGACAUUGGGGCCGUCACGGACGAGUCUGUUCCAGUCGACGACUAUGUUGACGAGCAAUUUGCGGAUGAGAUUCGCAAGCAGCGCAAGGAGGCGCUCGAUCAAGGCAAUGUGACACUGCGCGGUGGACUGCCACUCGGCUUUGAGACCGACAGGCCGCAGAGCCUGCACGAGGAAGCGGGGGAUCUGGAGAGUUAUGUGGCGCAGCUGGAGGCAUCUGGCGACAGCAACCGCCACUCCUCCAUCAGUCGCUUCGACGCGUCUCGUCUCGGCUUCCAGAGCAUGCCCUCCGUUCCAGAGAACAGCGAAUUCGACUUUGAUGAGACACGCAAGUUCCACUACGACGUGAACGAGCGAUUGUGGUUCGCUGUUGAGCACCUCGCCAGCUUCUCCGUCCCUUCAAAGUCGCAGCCGCCAACCGCACACCACGGGCUCGACCGUGUCAAGGAAAAAGGCAACUUCUGGACAAAAGCGGAGGAGCUGCGUGUGACGUCAACACACGUGGAGGUCCGUGAUGGUAUGGGCGGACACGAGAGCAAGUCGUUUCGCCUGGAGGACAUUCUCAGCGUCAAGGCGUUUUACGGCGACGACGACUUUGGCGAUUGCAUCGUGUUUGUGACGCGCCAUGACAAGGUGUACGCCGUGCACGUGUACCAGUGCAACGAGACGCACAUGAAGCAGGAGGACAGCAACGGGCGGCUAGCCACCAAGACGGCAGCCACAGACCUGCAGGCACGCGCGCUCUCACGUGCACUGGAGGAGAAAAUUGCACCCCUGCGUGGUGCGGGGGCAGCCAGCAUGCAGCGGCGCGGCGACAAGGCCGACAAGCGCUUCUUCAGCUCGCACAACGCGCAGGCUGUUGCACUUGAGGGCAGCGUCUCGCCCGAGGACCUCACACACACGCAGCGGCUGCUUGGCAUUACAGAGACGGUGCUGUCACUCGUGCGCGGGCUGUUGCGCGACAUUGAGGCGUUUGCCGCGCAGUGCACGCAGCAGGACGACAAGCCCGGGCACGAUGACUACUGCGAUGUGUACUACCAGGUGCGGGCCGUCGUGUCGCUGAUUGCCAUGCCAGACUACACGGCGGAGGAGGCCGAGGAGCAGGCGGAGGACAUCAUGCACCGGCUCUGCGCGCUGCUCAAGAAGAUUGUGCGCUCGCAGAAAUCGUUUGAUCUUGUGCGCACCAUUCGCAUGCCCGGACUCACGGAGGCAGGCCUCUCGUUGGUGCAGAACACGCUGAAUGACAAGGACCUCCAGUUCUGGCGAACGCUGCAGACGCACUGGAAUGUCAGCGUUGAUGAGCAGGACGCCUUCAAACGAUACACACCCACGUACAAGACAAAGGACCCGAAUGCGGCUGCAUCGGAGGAGGGCGCCAGCAACUUUGGCUUUGAUGACGACGUGCACGAGAGCGUGAGUGUUGCCGGGGCAGCGCGCCCUCGGCUGAGCACAGCGAGCACCGCCAUCAUGGUCGACAACGACGAUGGCGACGAUGACGACGCCGCCGUGGAAGCGGAGGAGGCGAGGGACGUGCUUGGACUGCCACCACCGAUUCCAGAUCGCCCGUCGUCAACAGAACUUGGCCUGCCACCGGCACCGCCACCGCCACCUCCAUCGCUCACGCCGGAGGCACAGGCAGGGCUUCCACCCGCACCACCGCCGCCACAGCUCGCGCUAGGACCAGCACCGCCGCCGCCGCCACCAGCAGCGAGUGUACUGAAGAGGCCGUCACUGGCGCAGCUUCCCUCUGUUGCCGAGCGCUCGCGGCGGUUUGACCAGUCUGCAGCGCAGCCCGCACAGUUCAACGGCAUCCCACCGCCCCCGAGCGCCCCGGCACCUACGCGGCUGCAGGCGGCACGGGCGAGCCUGACGGGCACACAGGACAUGCCGCCACGACCACAGGGGCCGGCACCACGCCCGCCACCACCGGCUGCAAGCGACUUCUACGUGCACUCGCUGUACCGCUUUGACGCGCGAAACCCGAAAGAGCUGUCGAUGUUCGCUGGGGAGGAGCUGCUGGUGCUCGACAACACGCGCAAGUGGUGGCAGGUCCGCAACUCGUACGGCGACGAAGGGUUUGUGCCGAGCACGUGUCUCAUUGAUGACCGCGGGCUGGUCGUGGACUGCGCGGUCGACCUCCCCGUCAUCAAGAACGGGCGCAUUGAGUCGCACGGGUACAAGUACACCCGGCGCGGCGAGGCAGAACUCUCCCGCCUCAGCUCAUCAGCAGCCCUCGUCCCCCAGGGGCAGCUGCCGUCGCCAGGGGCACCGCCACCACCCAAUAUGCCGGCGCCGAGUGCACCACCACCACAAGCAGCGCCGGGCAUGGCUGCAGCUAACGGCGCGCCACCGCCGCCGCCGCUGCCGCCACCAGGGGCACUCGACCUCAUGCCGCCGCCCAAGCCAGCGGUGCCCAAGGCCAGCGAUGACGACGACGAUGGUGACGACGCUGCCAAGAAGCUUGGCGGUGCUGGUGGCCUUGCAGCUGCGCUGAUGGCGGGGAAGAACAAGCUCAAGGCGACAACGGGGGAUUUGCAGAAGAAGAAAUCACUCGCAGCCAUUGUUGGGCGGGAAGACGAAGGCGUGAACGAGCUGAAUGCGGAGUUGAAGAAGAAGCUCAAGGGCCGCUCGUCGCACAUUGACGUUGACGCGCAGCUCAAAGACCAGAACAGCGCCACCAUCACCAUGGCGUCAACAGCGGAGGAGGUCACGGCCUGGCUCAACAGGAACGGGUUUGAGAAGGCGGCAGAGAAGCUUGGCCCGCUCGCCGGCGCACAGCUGCUGGGCAUGACGAAGGCCGAGUUGAAGGCAAAGACGGAUUUCCCAACAGCGACGAAGCUGCACUCGCGGCUGAGCGAAUUCCGGGAGGCGAGCGAGCCCGUGCGGCGGUGGAGUCAGGAGCCGGUCAGGGCCGUGCAGCAGCUGGAGUCGCAACAGAAGAAGACGGACAUGAUGGAGAAGCUUGGCGAUGCGCUGAGCGCACUGCGGCACGACGUGCAGCCGGCAAAGAAGAAGUGGACGGAGGCAACGCACAAGCUCACACAACCACAACCACAACAACAACAACAACAACAGCAGCAGCAGUACCAGCCUCCGCCACCACCACCACCAGCAACCACCCAGCCACAGCCUCCACCACCACCACCACCGCCCACAACCACAGCCCCGACGACUGUACCUGCUGUGCCGCCGCCACCGCCGCCAGGACCAGCAGUACCACCACCUCCGCCGCCCCCAGCAGCAGCCGCGAAUACAAACGCACCACCCCCACCACCACCACCUUCUGGACCCAUCGCACCGCCACCACCACCACCACCAGCAGGCCCCCUCGGCAGCAGCACAGAUGACAGCAACAGCAACAACGGAGGAGGAGGAGGGAACGGUGCACUGCUGGCGGCGCUCAAGGGCGCGAAGCUGAAGAAGGCGUCGACGAGUUCGCUGGGCAGCAGCGGAGACAGCGAUGGACCCAUGGGUGGACUGCUGGCAGAGAUCCGGGCGAAGAAACAGCUGCGGAAGACAGACAACAGCGGCAUCUUGACGAGCAGCACGCGCCCGCGCACCAGCACCAGCAGCGAGGGCGUUAUGCCGGCGCUUGCGCAGGAAAUCAAGAACAAGAAACUCCGCGAAACAGACUCGUACUACAAGAACACACAGCCACCGCCACCGCCACCGCCAGCCACGACGACAACGCCACAGCCACCACCACCGCAGCCAAUGCAGCCGGCCAAACCGCCGACCACAUCAGCCGCAACAGCGACGGGCGGCACGUCGCUGGAGGCGUUUGUUGCACCGACGGAUGGGCGGCCCGUGGCCCCGGCCGUGGACCACGAGGGGAAACCUCUUCCAAACUGGAAGCGAAACGUCUUGCAGCGGAAGCUUGACGCGGAAUGGAGCCGGCAGCAGGCCGAGCUGGCGAAACAGCGGGAGGCCGAGGCAAAGUGGGAGGGAAUCCCCACGUGGAAACGCCGCGUCAUCGAACAGAAGCGCCAGAAAGCCACUGAAGGGGCGCCAUCGCAGGUGACGCCAAAACCGCUGGCACAGGACCUGCACAAGCAGCAGCAGCAGCAGCACGGCAGUGCAAACACGUUUGGCGUGGUGCUGAAGAAGAAGCAACACACUAGCAGCAGCAGCAGCAGCACCAAUGUGUUUGCGCCGCCACCACCAGUAGCGCAGCAACAGCAGCAGCAGCAGCAAUUCAUGCCACCACCACCACAGCAGUCAUCGUACAUGAACACGGGAAUGCCACCAAGUGCUGGCCCCAUCGCACAGCAGCCGCAGCAGCCUGUGUCGUAUCAGCAGCCCCCUGGCAACAGCAUGAACAGCAGCAACGGCGUGUUUGUGCCGCCACCACCGGUGCUUCCGCCAGACUCUGCCUCCAAACUCGACCUCAUCAACCAACGCCUGCAGAUGAACAAGACUGGUGCAUCGCAGUCGGCGCCACCGCCAGUUUCCACAUUCGCACCACCACAGCAGCAGCAGCAGCAACAGCCACAACAGGUGUGGCAGCCCGCACCCCAGCCCAUGGCGCACGCCAACGUUGUCCCACCACCGCCAGCGUUUGCACAACUGCAAGCGCCACAAGCGACCCAGCCACCCCAGUCACAGAGCGCGCCGCUGGCGGAGUGGAAGGCGAAACUGCUUGAGAAGAAGGCAGCAAAGGCGCAGCAGGAGGCCGAGAAAGCUGCCAUGGCGCUGGCGGCACAGGAGGCAAGAUGGGAGGGCGUCCCCGCUUGGAAGCGCGCAAUUAUCGAAAAGAAAGAGAGGGCUCUCAACCAGUAGCGUGUUCACGUGUGUGUUCACGUGUGUGUUUGUGUUUGUUUGUGUGUUUGUGUUUGUUUGUGUG